AUGAAGAUUGGAUAUUUGCUGCUAUUCCUGAUGCAGACCUUCAUAGCCGCAAAAAAAGUCUUCAUUGACAAUGAUGGACUGGAUGCCUUGCAACUCUUAUAUCCACUGUAUGGGGGAUAUGAAAUUGUGGGACUUUCAAUGAGCUUCGGAAGCGUUUCAACCGUUGAUGGGCUUGGGCAAGCUUAUGAUCUGUUGGCCAAUUACAACCUUUCUUCAUGUAUACCCCUAUACCUUGGUGCUGAAAAACCUCUGAUGCAAACCAAUGAGACGUUUCAGAUUCACAAUCAAUUAUUUGGUGCUCCUGUUUGGGAAGGAGCUUUUGCUUCCUCUUACCAAGAUUCUUACAACUGGUCGGAUUUCACGUAUGAGAAUGAGACUCCGGGUGCUUCAGCUUUAAUAGAAGCUGUGAAAAGAUACAAAGAUACUGAUCCCGUUUUGAUCUUUGCAGCUGGAAUGAUGACAACAGUUGCGCAGGCCCUGAGUAUAUACCCGCGUCUUGCGGAAGAAGCUGCGGGCCUCUACAUAAUGGGAGGAUAUAUUGAUACGCAGUACGCCCAAGCCACCGGAAACGCAUUGGAAGUUGAUAUCAAUACAGACAUAAACCUGAUUCAGGAUCCUGAAGGUGCUCAAAUCACCCUCACGGCUCCCUGGAAAAAAUUAGUUAUCGGAGGCAAUUUUACCAACUACAUCACCCCUUCUCAAAAACUCUUUGACAGGAUUAUAGACAGAGCAGGUAACCUCAGCAUGAUUUACAAUACACCCUAUUUGAAUCCCAUUCAGACCUUGAUAUACGAUGGAAACUAUACGGAGAUUCAAUCUGAAGCACUUCCGUACUGGGAUGAUGCUGUCGCGGCCAUCAUCGGUUUUCCAAGCUUAGUACUGGAUUCCAUAGACGUCAAAUGUGCAGUCGAUACCGCCUUUUAUUCUCCGUUUUACGGUAAUUUAAGAAUUUGGGGAAAAGACUUUGCACCCACCUCGGGAAUCAGAAUAGGAAAUGGAACAAUUAUCAACGCUAUUCAGGAUGACCUAUUAUAUGAUUUGAUGGUAGAAGUGCUUUUCACCGACUGGAGACAAUACUGCCAUACUGGUAACAUCUUCCCUUUCGAAACACUAUAG